GCCUCCUCCGCCCCGCGCCCUGCGGUGCUGCAGCUGCCGGCGGCUCCAGCUGCCCCCAGAUGUGGGUUGGGCAGCGCGUGGUGAACUUUCGCGCCGGCUGCGAUAGCGGAGCCCCGGCUGCGAUCCGGCUGCCAUGGAUUUGCCGGCGCCCGAUGGCCGCCUGCUCUCCCUUACACUGCUGCUGCUGCUGCUGCUGUUGCUGCUGCCGCUGUCGCCCCUGCCGGCCGCUGCCUGGCUCGCCACCUCUGUCCCCCCAGGCGGACCCCUGGGGCAUGGAGCAGAGCGCGUCCUGGCGGUGCCCGUACGCACUGACGCCCGGGGCCGCUUGGUGUCUCGCGUGGUGUCGGUGACGACUGCCCAGGCCGGGGUUCGGGCCCGCAGGGCUGCCCCCGUCCAGAGCUCGGGCUUUCCUGAAGGCAGUGAGGACCCUGACCGCCGCCUAUUCUAUAAUGUCACUGUCUUCGGCCGGGACCUGCAUCUGCGGCUGAAGCCCAACCCUCGCCUCGUGGCGCCUGGGGCCACGGUGGAAUGGCAGGGUGAGUCGGGCGCCACCCGCGUUGAACCCCUUCUAGGGACCUGCCUCUACACUGGAUACGUGGCCGGACAGACCAAAGGCUCCUCCGUGGCGCUCAGCAACUGCGAUGGGCUGGCUGGCCUGAUCCGUAUGGAGGAAGAAGAGUUCUUCAUCGAGCCCUUAGAGAAGGGGCUGGCAGCGAAGGAGGCCGAGCAGGGUCGUGUGCAUGUGGUAUAUCGCCGUCCAUCCAACCCCAUGCUCCCUUAUCUCGGUGGGGCACUGGACACAGGGGACUCCCAGGACAGCCUGGACAGCCUCAGCCGUACCCUGGGCAUCCUCGAGGAACGGGUCAACAGCUCAAGGCACAGGGCACGCAGACAUGCUGCCGAUGAUGACUACAACAUCGAGGUCCUGCUGGGUGUGGAUGAUUCUGUGGUCCAGUUCCACGGGAAGGAACAUGUGCAGAAGUACCUCCUCACGCUCAUGAACAUUGUCAAUGAAAUCUACCAUGACGAGUCCUUGGGGGCCCACAUCAAUGUGGUCCUGGUGCGGAUAAUCCUGCUGAGUUACGGGAAGUCCAUGAGCCUUAUCGAGAUCGGGAACCCCUCUCAGAGCCUGGAGAAUGUCUGCCGCUGGGCCUACCUCCAGCAGAAGCCAGAUACAGGUCACGAUGAAUACCAUGAUCACGCCAUCUUCCUCACACGGCAGGACUUUGGGCCUUCAGGCAUGCAAGGCUAUGCUCCUGUCACUGGGAUGUGCCACCCUGUCCGCAGUUGCACCCUGAACCAUGAGGACGGCUUCUCCUCGGCAUUUGUGGUGGCCCAUGAGACUGGCCAUGUGCUGGGCAUGGAACACGACGGGCAGGGCAACCGCUGCGGCGACGAGGUACGGCUGGGCAGCAUAAUGGCACCCCUGGUGCAGGCAGCCUUUCACCGCUUCCACUGGUCCCGCUGCAGCCAACAAGAGCUGAGCCGCUACCUGCACUCCUAUGACUGCCUGCGGGAUGACCCCUUCGCCCAUGACUGGCCAGCGCUACCCCAGCUUCCUGGGCUGCACUACUCCAUGAAUGAACAGUGCCGCUUCGACUUUGGCUUGGGCUACAUGAUGUGCACUGCGUUCCGGACCUUUGACCCCUGUAAGCAGCUGUGGUGCAGCCACCCUGACAAUCCCUACUUUUGCAAGACCAAGAAGGGCCCCCCUCUGGAUGGGACCAUGUGUGCAUCUGGCAAGCACUGCUUUAAAGGACACUGCAUCUGGCUGACACCUGACAUUCUUAAACGAGACGGCAACUGGGGUGCCUGGAGUCCAUUCGGUUCUUGUUCACGCACCUGUGGCACAGGUGUUAAGUUCAGGACCCGCCAGUGCGACAACCCACACCCAGCGAAUGGGGGCCUCACUUGUUCAGGUCUUGGCUACGAUUUCCAGCUCUGCAACUCCCAGGACUGUCCUGACACCCUGGCUGACUUCCGUGAGGAACAGUGCCGGCAGUGGGACCUGUACUUCGAGCAUGGCGACUCCCAGCACCACUGGCUGCCCCAUGAGCACCGGGAUGCCAAGGAGAGGUGCCACCUCUACUGUGAGUCCAAGGAAACUGGGGAGGUGGUAUCCAUGAAGCGCAUGGUGCAUGAUGGGACACGAUGCUCCUAUAAGGAUGCCUUCAGCCUCUGUGUACGAGGGGACUGCAGGAAGGUGGGUUGUGAUGGAGUGAUCGGCUCCAGCAAGCAAGAAGACAAGUGCGGUGUGUGUGGAGGGGACAACACCCACUGCAAAGUGGUCAAGGGCAUGUUCACACGCUCACCUAAGAAGCUAGGUUACAUUAAGAUGUUUGAGAUCCCUGCAGGAGCCAGACACCUGCUCAUCCAGGAGGCAGACACUACCAGCCAUCACCUGGCCAUCAAGAACUUGGAGACAGGCAAGUUCAUUUUAAAUGAAGAGAACGAUAUAGAUCCAGAUUCCAAAUCAUUCAUCGCCAUGGGUGUGGAGUGGGAGUACCGGGAUGAAGAUGGCCGAGAGACGGUGCAGACCAUGGGCCCCCUUCAUGGUACCAUCGCUGUGCUGGUUAUCCCACAGGGAGACACCCGGAUCUCGCUGACGUACAAGUACAUGAUCCAUGAGGACUCACUCAAUGUGGACAACAACCAGGUCCUGGAAGAUGACUCCAUAGGCUACGAGUGGGCCCUGAAGAAGUGGUCUCUGUGCUCCAAGCCCUGUGGCGGAGGGUUCCAGUUCACCAAGUAUGGCUGCCGUCGAAGGCUGGACCUCAAGAUGGUGCACAGAGGCUUCUGCGACGCCCUCAUGAAGCCCAAAGCCAUCCGCCGGGCUUGCAACCCACAGGAGUGCUCCCAGCCUGUAUGGGUCGUGGGUGAAUGGGAGCCAUGCAGUCAGAGCUGUGGGCGGACAGGCACCCAGGUUCGCUCUGUGCGCUGUGUUCAGCUGCUGCACGACAACACCACCCGCUCAAUGCACACUAAGCACUGCAACGAUGCUCGGCCCGAGGGCCGCCGGGCCUGCAACCGAGAGCUCUGUCCUGGUAGGUGGCGGGCUGGACCCUGGUCUCAGUGCUCUGUAACCUGCGGCAAUGGCACCCAGGAGCGGCCGGUGCUCUGCCGCACAACAGAUGACAGCUUUGGGAUCUGCCAGGAGGAGCGACCUGAGACAGCAAGGAUCUGCAAGCUGGGCUCCUGUCCAGGAAACAUCUCUGACCCCUCCAAGAAGAGCUAUGUGGUUCAGUGGCUGUCCCGACCAGACCCAGACUCACAGGUCCAGAAGACUUCGUCAAAGGGCCGCUGCCAAGGCGACAAGUCAAUGUUCUGUAGAAUGGAAGUCUUGUCUCGCUAUUGCUCCAUUCCAGGCUACAAUAAGCUGUGCUGCAAGUCCUGUAACCUGAAUGACAACCUCACUAACAUGGAUGACAGGGCAAAGCCACUGCCUGGGAAGCAUAAUGACAUUGAAGAGCUCAUGCCCACCCUCCCAGUCCCCACUCUAGUCAUGGAGGAGCAGCCUCUGCCAGGUACACCCCUGGAGGUGCCUCUCAAUGCCUCCAGCACCAGUGCUACUAAUAAUCACCCAGAAACCAAUGCUGUUGAUAUGCCCUACAAAAUCAAUGGCCUGGACAAUGAAGUCCAGCCACCCAACCUAAUCCCUCGACGGCCGAGCCCAUAUGAGAAGACCAGAAACCAAAGAAUCCAAGAGCUCAUUGAUGAGAUGAGGAAGAAAGAGAUGCUCGGAUAG